AUGCACAAGGAAAAGGCAAUGCCGCUUUCAGACGCAUCCAUCGGCAACCUCGAGAGGUUGUCGAAGUUUGUUGAUGCCGGCUACAUCAAGGAGAGCAGCCACAAAGAUUCCAUCAAGAAGCACGUGAUGGCCAACAAGCCCAUCGAUGACAAGUUCUGGUCGCAUGUGGAGCGCAUGGCCAACUUGCUGUCCAGCGGCAUGUUUACGGCGGAAGACUACCGAGAGCAGCUAGAUGCAAAAGUUGCAGACCUUUUGCGAGACGGAGCACCACGGUCGGCAGCGGCGGGCGGAGAAGCAUGGGUUGGUGGGUCGCAGGUGGUGUGGACUCCUAGGCCCGCACAGAAAAAGGGCAAGCGCACGGCCAACGAAGCGAGGGCGGCGGCGAACACUAUGCACGAGAACAUCGUCACUGCUGGGCCGCAGCAACAAACAAGCCGGUGA